CAUCGCCGUCGAAAUAGAGCACGUCGGACUCUGCGCGCAGGACAGUAGGUGGGUGGGGGACGGGGAGACCGAGUGUCUCCCGGGGCCCCCCCACGACCUCGCAGCCUUACUGUAAGGGCAGCCGUAGAUGCCGAGCCUCAGGCCGAUCUUGCCGCGCGGGUUCCAGGCCAAGGGCACAAUGCGGAUGUAGCGCGCGGUGAAGUGGUAGUGCAGGUCGUGGCGAACCACCCCCGACUCGUUCACGUUACCGAAGAAGGUCUGAGGGCAAGGGGAGAGGAAUGACCACGGCCCCACCCUCUGCUUGUUCCUCCCCAGCCCACGGUUGUCGCAUCCAGCCAAUCUCGGCUUCUGGAAGGCAGACACUCCUUAUCUCUCUGCCUUCAUGGCUUUAGGCAAACACUGUUUCCCUAGCCUAGAGCGUCCUAUUAUUUCCUCAGAGCUCAACUCAGAUGUCACCUCCUUCAAGAAGCUCUCCUAGAUUUUACCUUGAAGUGCGUUCAACACUGUCAUUGGGAGCAUCUUGUCUUGCACUCGUGGCCAGCUGACAGCCUCUCUGGACUGAGUCCCUGGAGUGGAAGUCACUGCUCCUCAUCUGUGCCCUGCCCCACCUCCUCCCCUCCCCCCAAGCUAGUGCCCAGCCAGGCCCAGGUCUCAGAGCUGAGGAGGUUCCCCAAGUGUGUGGACGGGGAGCCUAGAAUACCGAGUUGUGCCCUUGCUGAUAGAACGGUGUCCAGCUGUCCACUCGGUCACCGUAGAGCAGCAUGUACCGUGUGACCCAGUCCCAAGAGUUAAAGGAGCCCUGCGUGGCCACAGCUCGGAUCCGGUGCUUCUUCAUGAGGUCGAUCUGGAGCCAGGGAUUCGGGUCCCCAAUCCGGGGAGACCACCCGCUUAUGCCUAUAGAAGGGGCAAGGGCCUUCACCACUGGCUUCCCUUAUUACCUCCAGCCCUCCAGAGUCCCCCGCCCCACCCUGGGGUGUUGCCCCGCUCACCGUGCAGCCGGGCAAAGCGCGGCGCAGUGAAGAGCCCAUAGUAGGAGGAGGCGCCCAGGGAGCGAGCGUACAGGGGCCCGACCAGCUCCUCAUCACAGCCGUCUGGGUUGGGAAACCGACAUAUUGAUCAAGGUGGCCCCUCCCGGUCCUUCCAAAGGCCCAGCAAGCUGAGCAUCUGGAGCUCUUUCUUCUCUAUCCCCCAGUGGCUGACCCAGCCCAUCUACUCAUCUGGGCCGCAGCAACAGCUGCACACUUAGUGGAGGCUGCCUUCUCCUUCUGGGGGAACCCCUAGUCCAGACCCUUCCCAAUUCAGGUUCAGUACUCGCCAAAACACAACGCCAAACCUCAGCAUCUUUCAGAGCCCGAGUCACCUCAAGACAUUAAUCCAGCCCCAGAUUUAGCCUCAAUCUCAUUCUUCAGCACCCCAAACCUGCACCAACCCCGAUUCCAGGCCUUGGUCCCAACCCCAGCCAGUCCUAACACCAUUACCAGUUCCAUGUCCAAUCUUAGCACUGUACAGGACCACCAAAUACUGCGUGGAUCCCAGCCCCCGAAUCCAGCCCCAGCCCCAAACCCUAGACCCUGGGCCGGCUCCAAGCCCAGCCCCAGCCCCUGGCAAAACCUUAACCAUAGCCCCGGUCACCUGUAUUACCCAUAUUCCCAACCCUCAAACCCGGGCACUAGCUCCCUCUUGGAUCCCAGUCCCAAAUCCCAGCCGACCCCGGGGCCGACUCUAUCCUCAGCUCGAGCGAAUCCCUAGCCUGGAGCACGCGCGCCAGCCUCGGAGCUGCAUUGCGGAGCGCGGGGGAGAGGCAGCAAGGAUGAAAGCGGAGGAGCGCGCGCCGGCGGGGAAGGCACCUGCGACCACCCAGCCGCAAUGCGGUGUGGGACCCGCCCUGCAGGCCUUGGACUCCCGGCCCCCACGCAGCCUGCCUGCGAGCCCUGCACUCACAGUAGCCCCAUCCCCGGGCUCCUGAGACCGCGGCGAGCAGGAUGCAGAAGAGCCGGAGACGCAUCAUGCAGGGCUGACGGGUCCGGCGGCCGCCUCCCAGAGCCCGGCUCCAGCUAGGGCUCCGGUUCCAGUUCGACUUUCCUCCUGGGAUGAAAAACCUGAGGCUCAGCGAGAUCAAAAAACCUACUUAGGAUCACACAGGUAGCCAGGAAAUGAUGAGAUGCCAAAACCCAUUCUUUUUCUCCUGGCCAGGUAAAGAGAAGUUAUUUUUAGGGGGUAGAAAGGAAAAAGGUAGGUAAAGAGGACCCGCAGACCCUAAUCCCCACCGCCUUCUUGGCCCUUUUCCCCGCCCCUUCCUUCCUGUCCCUCUAGUUUAACUUCUCUCUGCAGUGGCUUUACCUCAGAAACCUGAGUAGCCAGAGAUGGGGACUGUGCCCGCAGAGCAGGUUUCCUGGGGCCCCUACUCCGGGGACUAUGAAGAGGCAUAUUCUGCUGAACCGUUGCCAGAGCUCUGCCACAAGGCUGAUGUCCAGGCCUUCAGUCGGGCCUUCCAACCCAGUGUCUCUUUGACCGUGGCUGCUCUGGGUCUGGCGGGCAAUGGCCUGGUCCUGGCCACCCAUCUGGCGGCCCGUCGCGCUGCCCGCUCGCCUACCUCCGCCCACCUGCUCCAGCUGGCCCUGGCCGACCUCCUGCUGGCUCUGACUCUGCCCUUUGCUGCAGCCGGGGCUCUGCAGGGCUGGAGUCUGGGAAGUGUCACCUGCCGCGCCAUUUCGGGCCUCUACUCGGCCUCCUUCCACGCCGGCUUCCUCUUCCUGGCCUGUAUCAGCGCCGACCGCUACGUGGCCAUCGCGCGAGCCCUCCCAGCUGGACCGAGACCCUCCGCGCCGGGCCGGGCACACUUGGUCUCCGUCGUCGUGUGGCUGUUAUCGCUGCUCCUGGCGCUGCCUGCUCUCCUUUUCAGCCAGGACGGCCAGCGGGAAGGCCAGCGGCGCUGCCGUCUCAUCUUCCCCGAGGGCCUCACGCAGACGGUGAAGGGGGCGAGCGCCGUAGCGCAGGUGGUCCUGGGCUUCGCGCUGCCGCUGGGCGUCAUGGCGGCCUGCUACGCGCUCCUGGGCCGCACGCUGCUGGCCACCAGGGGGCCCGAGCGCCGGCGCGCGCUGCGCGUCGUGGUGGCCCUGGUGGCGGCGUUUGUGAUACUGCAGCUGCCCUACAGUCUCGCCCUGCUGUUGGAUACUGCUGACCUACUGGCGGCCCGCGAGCGGAGCUGCCCUGCCAGCAAGCGCAAGGAUCUGGCACUGCUGGUGACCGGAGGCUUGGCCCUCGCCCGCUGCGGCCUCAACCCAGUGCUCUACGCAUUUCUGGGCCUGCGCUUCCGCCAGGACCUGCGGAGGCUGCUUCGGAGUGGGGGCUGCAGUCCAGGGCCUCACCCCCGCGGCCGCUGCCCCCGCCGGCCCCGCCUUUCUUCCUGUUCGGCUCCCACUGAGACCAACAGUGUCUCCUCCUGGGAUCACUAGAGCUGCGAAUCAAGAGAAGGGGGAGGGCUGAGGAAAUGAUUCCAGGGAGGGUAGUGGGAAAGGGGAAUAAGCGGGGGACACGGAGGAAGAGGUAGGGACCUAAAGGAAUUGCUUCUGUUCUUUGGCAUAUUAAAUUUACAACAUGGAAAUGAGAUGCAAC